AUGAAGUACAAGGAGGAAAAUACCGUGGACGCGUGGUAUGAACUGAUGAAGACGACGUUCAAACGCGACGUCAACUUCUUCGACACGUCCGAGAUGUAUGCCAAUGGCCACGCGGAGAAGCUGCAAGGAGGUGCCGUCAAUAAGGGCAUCGUUGAUGGCGCUUCUCUCCGCCGCAUGGAACUGGACUUGGUCGACGUUCUCUUCUGUCACCGCCCCGACCCGCAUACACCGAUCGAGAAAACUGUACGUGUCAUGAACUACGUUAUCAAGCAAGAAUGGGCCAUUUACUGGGGCACCAGCAAGUGGCUUCCUUCCGACUUUAUCGAAGCGUGCGAAGUUGCCGACCGUCUCGGUUUGAAGUACAAGUUGGAACUGACGACGUGGUCGCCGUUGGUGUACGGGACUCUGACGGGUAACCUAUCGCUGCUGAAAUCGGCUGCUCCCUAG